UGACGUUAACCGCUACGACGUCACCAGCCAUCCACAAUCGGCUCUCGUCGACUCAAGUCCAUAUUAAAAGCAGCAUGAUCCCUUGAGACAGAUCUAUCAAUCAAUCAACACAAAGUCUCUCAUCACAAGCAGUGUACCGCAUUCGAACUACAACUUUUUACAAUUCACACUACUACCACUUCAUCCCUUCGUCCACCUCCCAUCUCAACACCAUCCAAAAUGUCCGAACAGACCUUCCACACCACCACCCAGGACCUCCGCAAGGCUGAGUCCCAUGCCUCUCACGCCGGUGCCGGCAACACCCCUAAGAACUCCAACAUCUCCGCCAUGAAGUCCAUCGUCGACGAAAACAACUCUGGCAAGCAGGCCCAGAUCGACAAGACCAAGGCCAACCUGCCCUUGCCUGAUCAGCCUCCUGUGGCGAGUGACUGGAACUCCGCCGACCAGAGAACCGUCAACGUAGGUUCUGGCGGUCGCGAAGGACCCGUUUCCGGAGAGAACAACAGUGCCCUGCGAGAACCCGCGACUGCCAGCAGCAGUGUCCGGAUCGAUGGCAAUGAAUAUCACAAGAACACGCAACCCAUGAGUGGCGUUGGACGCCAGGGCAAGGAUAACCUUGACGGUCUGCCCCGGGAUGCUCUUUACCGGUAAUUUGGAAGGGAGUAUUGACUACGGCCCUAUGCUAUGUGUAUUAUUAUGAAUGAGCAUUAAUGAACAAAACGGAU